AAUCGUCAUUUCCGGGUUUUCCGUAACAACUCCUGGCGGGAACCUCCGGUGAAAACAGUGAACACAGCUGAAGAAACACGGAUCAUAUCUGUCCUGAGUCCUGUAUGAAAAUGCCCCGUGUAUUGAACGGUAUCGUGGCGGUGUGUCCUGACCUGGGGAUCGGGAUGAACGGAAACCUGCCGUGGCAUCCCGUUAGACUCAAUAACGAAUUCAAACAUUUCCGAAAGAUGACAUCGACUGCAUCUGUAGACGGUAAGCAGAAUGUGGUGAUCAUGGGCAGGAAGACGUGGUUCUCAAUCCCGGAGAAAAACAGACCUUUAAACAACAGGAUCAACAUCGUGCUCAGCAGGCAGUGCAAAGAGCUUCCUGCAGGUGCUCAUCACCUGGCUGCAGACUUCAGCUCGGCUCUCAGACUGGUGGACGCCGAGCUGGCAGACAAGGCAGACCAGGUCUGGGUCAUAGGAGGGACCUCUCUCUACAAGGAGAUGAUGGAGAGCUCGGGGAGCAGGAGACUGUUUGUCACACAAAUCUUGAAGCAGUUUGAGUGCGACACAUUUCUCCCUGAAAUCAGUCCAGAUAAAUACCGUCUGCUGCCAGAGUUUCCAGGAGUGUCACAGGAGCUGCAGGAGGAGAACGGCAUCCAGUACAGAUUUGAAGUCUAUGAGAGUAGAGACAAUUAAAAAGGAAUCAAAGCUGUAAAAACAUUUUUUUAUUUCUGUGUUGAAAUGAACUCAAAGAUCUCCACUGUGUAGUUGUUUACAGGUUGAGGAGCCUGUAUUUAUAGACUGAACAGGUUCACGUCUGACUGCUCAGGAAAAGAAACAUGACUCAUUGUGGAGUUAAAAGUGAUUUUAUGUUUGUAAUUUACCCCGUCAUGUUUUGUUACAUGAUGUAAUGUGUGCACUGGAUGAAUAAAGUGCAUUUAGAAGA